UUCAGUAAAUGAAAUUCUAACAACAACCAAGAAAAAUUAGACCUUUCGCUUUGUUUUUCAAAAACACAAACUUUAGUUUAUUUAUAAAAGAAAUGUGAUAUUGCCAAAUUUGCAUGAAUACUUGUCUAUGUGCUAGUAUUCCUGAUAGUUCUGUGUAUUGCGUAGAUUUUUCUUGUUUGUUUUUGUUUCUGGAACCAAUGCUAAAGCACAACUUUAUGUGAAAAUUCACAUUUCUGAUUUUGAUGCACAGAUAUUAAUGACUGCUUUUCUUUUAUUUCUCCUUUAAAACAUGUCAACUACUGUUUAUUUUCCUGAUUUGCCCAUAAUUAUCAGUACUUCGUAUUACAGUUAUAUAUUUUUAAACAUUUAUCAUGAAAUAUUACACGUUUUUCAAUAAUACACAAUACUUAACCCCAAACACACACUGCUUUCUUCGUAUUACGAUUUAAAACUGGUGACGUUUUUUUAUUUGAUUGUUAAAACCGAGACAUUCUUUGUGUAAAUGUACUUUAUUCCCAAACUCUUACCGUUUCUGUAAUUCUAUAUUUAUUGCCGUUCUUUGUUGUACUUUUUUUUCCUCGAAGUUUCACAUUCUCGAAAUCACUUUUGUUUAGUAUUAUAACGACUUCAGUCGCGUAAACAAAUGUGUUUUUUUUCUCAUAAAACUACGACUUUGUUAUAUUAUCUCCCCAUUGACGUGGCCCUAAUACUCCCAUCAUACCAUGUGAACAAAGGAGUGAAACGGAGAGAGAGGGAGAGAGAGAGAGAGAAAAAAAUCACAAUAUUUCCCAGCAUGCUCCGGCGCAUGACAUGCAUGUGAUGUCACAAUAAGUAUAUAUACGGAUAAAGGGAAGAAUUCCUAUCUCCAUUGUUACGUUGUAACAAACGGAGCCGGGGCGAAGAACUGUGGGGAUGAAAGGCGUCGUCUUCGCUUUACGACAUUCGCAACAUUUUAAUGUAGGGGGCGAAAUUUGUCGUCACACCGAGAAGACGGAGCGAAGUUAGCCCCACCGAACGAAGCCGCCCCGGACAGAGAGAGAGAGAGAGAGAGAGACAGUGGAGAAAGGAUAAACGGACACAGAUGUCAGCGGGUCUCUGGACACUAUAAGAGAAAGAUAAGCUCGUUUGCAUGAUUUAUAUUGCACAGAAAUCCCAAGGAAUGAACGAACGCAGCGAAACGUAUGACGCCUCGUCGCUCCGCUGCCUUCCUCCAACGGUCAUUUAAAUCCUUUAAAUAGCUAGGCAUGCUGCAUUCAAACCAAGCCGACAGUUCCUAUAGACAGCCCCGCUCCUCAGCCUGAUCUUUCACUGUGCACAACAAUGAGCGUGGAGCCCGGAGUAGCUCCCUUAUAAUCACAUGUAACUGUCGCAAAGUGACAAUCGCUCCGAUCGCGGGAUACUGGGGCUGCAGACUGGACUCUUAUCUGCCGGGGCUUGGUACCGACCGAAGCAUCACACCGGGUGUUUUCGAGGUUGAAUGUGCAUCUCCCAUUCAAAGCAGGAGAGAGACCUACGAGGUGGUUGGAAGAAGGGCCCCUGUUUCUGCCCCAGACACCGAGUUUCCAUGGAGGCAGGUUCGUCCCUCAGCCUCAAACGACGAUAUGAAGAGGUGGACAACGGUUCUCCAUUCUGUACACCGAAGUUCUCUGACGAUGACAUCACCAGCAGUGACAGUGCUGACAGCUGUGACAGCCUCAACCCCCCUUCAAGCACUGCAUUUACCCCGACCUCCAUCCUCCGACAGCACAAGCCGUCGCCGAGAGGAAAAAAGGUUCGUUUCGAUGUGGUGACGGUCUAUUACUUCCCGCGGCGGCAGGGAUUCACCAGCGUGCCUAGCCAGGGGGGCAGCUCCCUGGGCAUGGCCCGUCAUCACUCGUUUAUCAGGCACUACACGCUGGGCGAGUUUGCACGCGAACAGGAGAGCAGCCACAAGCACACUCUUCGUCAGCAUCUGCGGCAGGAGAAGCUCAACGCACGCAAGAUGAAGAUGACAAGGAACGGCACAGUGGAGUGUGCCCAGGCCGACCUGCUGACCCUGGACGACGUGUCAGACGAGGACCUGGACGUGGACGGGGUGGAAGUGGACGACUGCUUCUUUCUUCAGCCUCUGCCCACCAAGCGCCGCCGAGCCCUGCUGCGAGCGUCUGGCAUCGCUCGCAUAGAUGCGCGGGAGAAAGCCGAGCUCAGGGCCAUCCGCCUCUCCAGGGAGGAAUGUGGCUGCAACUGUCGUCUGUACUGCGACCCCAGACACUGCGGCUGCAGCCAGGCAGGAAUCAAGUGCCAGGUGGAUCGGAUGUCCUUUCCGUGUGGCUGCUCCAGGGACGGAUGUGGCAACAUGGCAGGUCGGAUUGAGUUUAACCCACUCCGUGUCAGAACUCACUACCUGCACACCAUCAUGAAGCUGGACCUGGAGAAGAGGAGAAUGCUCCUCCAGGGCAGCGGGGAGCAGUACGUCAAGGCCGAGCCCAUACCCUCCCCUAGUUCCACUUGCAGUACUUCUCCGGACCUGUCCACUGUCGCUGCCCUGGACUCAGAGCUGGUGGAGAAUGGGGUGCAGACGGCAAUGGAGGUUCAACACCUCCUGGCAGAGGAGGACAUUUUAGAGAGAGAGAACGAGACGGCCGUGCUGCACCUGCAGAGCGCCGAGGAGCAGGAGAGGAGGGAGAGGGAGGAGGCUGAGGGUGAAGCAGUGCAGCAGGAGCUGGCUAACGGUGGGUUGACGGAGCAGCCUCUCUGCCUCCUGCCUGCCACUUUGGGAGGUGAGCUGCCGGGGCAGGCGCAGGUGCCCGGGAUGGAGGAGGUUCUCCUGCAGGGGCCCUUCCCCACGGGAGCCACAGUUUUGUGCAUCAGUGACAACCAGGAGGAGAGCCCCUCGGACCUCCUCAGAGACUCCAGUUCUCUGCUCUACUAUCAGCUCAGUCCGAUAGAACCCACCGCCUUCGUGACGUCGCCUAGAACAGAGGACAAACAGGAGGAGCACACGGUGCCUGAACAAACCGAAGAAAACACCGAGUGUGUGAAGGAGAGAGAGAACAGUGAGGAGGAGUCAAAGGAUAAUCGGCCGGAAAAACUAAUUUUAGCUGAACCGUUGGGCAGUGUGGUACUGAGCUCAGAGGCUCGUGCAGCAGCAGCAGCAGCAGCAGCAGCAGCAGCAGCUGUAGAAGAGGAGAGUUCUAGCGGUUGUCAGCACGGCCUCCUUGACGGGCAGAGCCAGGAGGAGUCCUGCACUGAGGGCAAAGCAGAGCCACUGCCUCCAGAAGCUUAACUCUAGCUUCUCUGCAGAUAUUUUGCACAACAGCUUCAUCAAAGAUGAAUCAAUUAGAUAUUUCACAUUUGUUACUGCUAUCAUCAAGAAUGAUUACAGGUUACGAUCGCUGGUGGUGACUGUGGCUAGGCUAUACGGCGGAUUCACGAUUAGCGGGGGAGAUGCUGAAAGCACAUAGUGAUGUCUCCCUGCAGAAGUGAUGAAGACGAAGUCGGAACAGAGCAACAUUGAAACUGUUGGGCGUUGAUAUAUGUGGCCUUAAAGGAGAAACAUAAAAAAAAAAAACACUAGUAUUUGUAGUAAUUUGUUGAUGAAAAAGUACGAGUCGUGCUUUGUUUGUUUUGUUUAUUUCACACAGAAACGUGUGAAUGCUGAAGUAAGCCUUUUUGUUUGCCGGCAUACGAAGCUAUGUAUCAACACUAACAACAUGGAUUGUUUAGCAGCACACAGGAAGCUGGUGACCUUUGACUCUCACUGGUUCAGUUUCCUCUGCAGUCUGCAGUGCCGUAGCCAAGUCAAAUGAAGGGCGUCUGACGGUGUCCUCCGCUGACAGAUCGACCUAAUAAUCCUGGAAAUACUUGUAUUUUAGUGUACUGUAUAUGCAUCUGCAACGUGUCUGAUGGAGCCGAGGUCGCUGCUUUUUUUUUUUUACAUAAACAUAUGUAUGCACAUAGUGAUGUGAGGGCGCUGCUCGUUGCUGCCCCGCUGCAGAGAAAUGAAGGUGGAGCGGCGCUAGCGCUCGCCUGUUGCUCCUGCUCACCUCGGGCUGUUUGUGCAGAUGCAGAGAAUCCAUUGAAAAAAAAAAACCCCACAAAACCACAACUACAAAAACAAAGUAAAUAAUAGUUUGUAGUAAUGAUGCCUAUGAUAUUAUUAUUAUUAUUAUUAUUAUUAUUAUUAUUAUUAUUUCUUUAUGUAACGUGUGUGUUCUGUGUGUUAGAUGACGUGGCUGUUUUUGUUUUUUAGUGAAUAAAGGAAAACAUUUUCCUUCGCAAAGCUACGCGGUCACAACGUCACAUACAGUAGCUGCUCGUCAAGUCCAGAGGAAACGCGAGAAUCUGCUUUAACCUGAGAUUUGUGCGAAGAAUGACAAUAAAUAUGUAGUGAGGAAUGAAUUAAGUGUUGAAGAAAACCGUCCUGUGUGUAAUGAUGGCAGGAGCAGUUACAGUUUAUGACAUGAUGUGAUGCUAGAUGAAGUGAUGAAGGGCCCUCUGGUGGGACGUUACAGCUACUGCACUGCUAAUCCUUAACGUGCUGAUUGUGGGAUGAGCUGUGUCGUCAUCCAGUAUGUGAAUGCAAUCGUGUUUUGAAGCUGCGUGUGACUGAAACUGAUCUGUACGCUUGUGUGUGUGUGUGUGUGCCAACUCUUACACCAAACGCGUCCUUUGUUUUUUGGCCUUAAAUCAAAGCUGUGGCUCGUGGUGAAACAAAGGACAUGCUGCUGUGUUUGAGAGGUCUGACGUUCUUCUUUGCCUUUUUUAAAAAAAAACAAACAACAACA